AAAACCAACUUAAAAAAAAAAAAAAACCUAAAAAAAAAUUUAAAAAAUUGAAGAGAAAUAGAGCUGGGAAAAAUGGAGGAAUACCUAAUGUGAAGAGCUUAGUGAAUAAGUCCAAUAGAACUCUCUUCUGUUUUACUAAGGUUUUAUUUCCUUCACUUUCUUACACCCAGCUCACAGUUGCCCUGCAGCAUCUCAAGAGCUCCCUCUGCCCUGCUGUGAGCAUAUCUUCACUCUACUGUAAUUUAAAAAAAAAAUCAGACUAGACAAUGUUACAAAAUGAUUAAAUUUCCUUCCCUCAGUUUUGGGUGAGUUUAUUUUCCCGCCAGGUAGACCCAUCAAAAUCUUAUCUGCAUUGUUUAUUGAGUCUGAAGGAUUUUGCUGCUCAUACAAGACCCGCUCACCCCUCGGACCCUCAGGCUGUGCUCUGGUUGUGCUGUCGCUGCCGGGGCUGGCCGGGGGCUGAAAGUGACAUCAGCCUGCGGGGUUUAGGUCUAAUGCUCCCGUGUGCGUCAGGUAAUCCAAUUGAGUCCCUGUAAGUCGACGGACCCAGAGAUUUAUACUGAGCCACUUCCUAAAAGCUGACUCUCAUUACCUGGCAAGUGAACAACCAGAAAAAAAAGGAAAAAAAAAAAAAAAGAAAAAAAAAAAAGAAAAAAAAAAAAGGAGUGUAAAGAGCCUUAGCAGACCUGACGUUGCCCUCAACUUCAAACCAGGAGCUGCUAGGUUUGCCUUGCAAGCAAGAGAAGGAAACUCACUGUUUACUUGCUAAGCCACUUGCCAGACCACACAGUGCUUAGUUACAAGACACAAACAAAGCAGUAGAGAGAAAGCAAGAAAGGGGGAAAGAAAGAGAGAAGACAGAAGGCAAGAAAGAGAAAGAGAGAAAAAACAAGAAACAGAAGUCCAAUCAAGAGAUGAAUAUGUUUAAUGUUAUAUUUACAACUACUAUGGUCUAAACAAUCAUUAUUGGGCAAAAAUAUAGAAGAUUACAGACUAUUCUGGAUGCAGCAUCUGUCCAACUUGUACAGUGACCUCCUGAAGACUCCAUAAUGAACGGGAAAUGGCAAAGCAAUCUGCUGUAAGACACCGGGAGCUCUGUUGCAGGCAGAGAACAAACCAUGGCACAGGCAUGAGCAGUUCCUGUGUGACAUUGGCCGAGGUCCUGUGGGCAAAAGGAAGCCCUCUGGAGGAAGAGGAAAUAUGGGCACUCCUGUACCUGUCCACAAUGCAACUUCUGGAGGAUCUUCACAAAGACCCUGCCAUCUGUGUGAUUUGCCCAUGGUCAGUACUUCUGUCUGCUGAAGGAAAUUUGUUCUUCCAAAACAAUGCAUCCCAGAUAGAAGCUGCCCCUUUCAGUCCACCAGAAUUGCUCCAUCGCCCAAAUAAAAACCAGCACUUUGGACUAACAAAGAUGCUGGUGUAUUCCUUAGGAAUGACCCUCUAUUGGUCAGCAGAUUACCAGGUUCCUCCAAACCAGUCCCUCCAGCUGAGUGACCAGCUACAUACCCUCCUCCUGACACUGUGUGAAGAUCUGCCACACAGAAGACUUCCUCCUGAAUCCAUUCUGGAAGCAUACGAAGCACAUCAGAAGGAAUCUGCUUCCUUACCAGCAAAAUUCUACAUAAAGAAAAUGGUUCAGUUUGCAGUGGGAAGUGUCAGUGAGACAGAGCAGGUGGUCACAGAAGACAGCACAGCCUCUCAGCUGAAUAGAAGUCAUGUGAUAAGGAAAAGACUGCAUGAAAAAAUAUUGGACACCUCAACACUGUCAUCCCAGAUGAAUUUUCACCAAGACAAAGGGUCUAGAUUAAUGAACUAUAGUCAGUCAACAGAAGAUUACAGACAACUUUCUGUGGAUUACAGUGACUCUAAUAGUAUUUCUGAAAGUACAUCUUUGAUACUGUCUAACCGAGGACACAGGAGAGGGAGAGUUCCAGAGACACACAGGUCAUGUGACACCACACUUAGUGGGUCAAGGACACAAAGUAGCUACAAGCUCUUCAUAAACAGGUCGGUGAGCGCUGUAGAAGAGAUCCCGAAUGGAACUCAGAAGAACGGCCGACAGAACCUGCUAAGCCUGGGCUCCACCUUCUCUGUGUCUACAAAGGACUACUCAGCAGCUGCUGCACCACAGAAAUGUUUGUUCCAGAGGAAGGAAAAGUUUUCAGGUCCAGAAUUUAUUAUUUUGUCUAGUGAGCCACCAGUGACCUUACAGCUGCCUGGAUCAAUUGUAACUAAAAAAGGGAAAUCCUAUUUGUCCCAAAGGGAUCUCAAUGUAAUUCUACUAAAUGGCCAGUGCCUUGAGGUGCAAUGUGACAUCAAGACUAAGGCAAGAGAUGUUUUCAACACCGUGGUGGCGUAUGCAAACUUGGUGGAACAUUUCUACUUUGGCUUGGCUUACCUGAAAGGUAAAGAAUUCUUCUUUUUGGAUGAGGAGACCAAACUCUACAAAGUGGCCCCAGAUGGCUGGAAUGACCAACCCAAGAAGAAAAUGUCCAUCAUUAAUUUCACACUCUUUCUAAGGAUAAAAUUCUUUGUCAACCACUUCAAUGUUAUUCAGCACGGCUUGACAAGGCAUCAGUUUUACCUGCAGCUUCGUAAAGAUAUUUUGGAGGAGCGAUUAUAUUGCAGUGAUGAGACUGCCCUGAAACUCGGUGCUUUGGCUCUACAGGCAGAGCUUGGCAAUUAUGCUUCUGAGAUGCAUGGAAAGAGCUAUUUUCGUGUUGAAGACUACGUUCCAGUAAGUCGAAUAGAGAAAAUGACCCUGGCAUAUGUACAGCGAGAGCUUGCUAAAUUACACCGCAUGAAUCGCUCCCUGUUUGAGGAUGAAGCUGAGCUAGAAUUUUUAAAGGUGACACAGCAACUUCCUGAAUAUGGAGUGUUAUUCUAUCGUGUAUCCCAAGAGAAGAAAGGAACAGAAGGGGACAUCAUCCUGGGAAUCUGUGCCAAAGGCAUCAUUGUCUAUGAGAACAAAAAUCACACAAGAAUUGCCAGUUUAAGAUUCCAGUGGCGUGAAACAGAGAGAAUUUCUGCUCAUAGAAAAAAAUUCAUGAUUGAAAGCAGCUUCAGUGGCAAGAAACACACCUUCAUUACUGAUACAACGAAGACGUGUAAAUACCUACUGGACCUCUGCUCUGCCCAGCACAAAUUCAAUGCACAGAUGAAUUCUAGGCAACUUCGGCAAACUUCACCAGAGGACAGUAAAUUUGUGGAAAUAGACAAAUCAAAUUCUGCUUAUGCGGCUCAGCGUGAGCACCUUGCCCUUAUUCAGAGACUAUCUCGCUCAGAGAAUGUGCUCUAUGGAGCAAACCUGGAAAACCUUUCUGCUGGGAUGAUGAGCAAAUCUUGUGAUAACCUCAGUGUGGAAACCAACAACAGGACUAGAGACAAAAGCAAUCUUGGCAGAUCUUUAUCAGGGCUAUCCCAGUCGGAAAUGCACAUCAAUUUGAAUGGAAAGCAAAGGAGUUAUGACUUCCUCUCUAUCCACUCAACUCAGAACACAAUCAGUGCACCUGGAUCACCAGCCACCCAAAAGGAAGUUUUGCUAAGUGGUCUAGAAAGAGAAAUUAUUUGUGUCAGCCUAAAACGUGACCCUAAGAAUGGAUUUGGUUUUGUGAUUAUUGGAGGAGAAAAUGUAGGAAAAUUAGACCUUGGUAUCUUUAUCGCUUCAAUUAUCCCUGGGGGACCUGCAGACAGAGCUGGAAAUAUCAAACCAGGAGGACGACUCAUCUCUGUGAAUAAUAUCAGUCUUGAGGGUGUUUCAUUUAACACUGCAGUUAAAAUCAUACAGAACUGUCCUGAAGAAGUGGAGCUCAUCAUCUCUCAACCCAAAGACAUAUAUGAAGAAGGAUUAAAUGAAGAAAAGAAUCUAUCAAGAGGAAACAGCACUAGUGGAUCUGAGAUCUCUUGUGCAGACAGUGGGAGAAAAAAGAUUCAGGAUUGUCAUACAGCUCUCCCCAAGGAACAGGACACAAAUAUAGAUGAACUUGAGAAGACUCUCUCUUGGAAUUUAGCAUCAAAAUUGGGCUCUAGGACUCCAGUCCCUUCAGCUGAUAGCCUGGAAAGAGAGGCAGCUGAUGCUUCCCACUUACCAUCUCCAUCAGAAACCAACUCCAAGGAAAUCUACACGCUGGAGCUUGUUAAAGAAGAUGGGACUUUUGGAAUCAGUGUGACUGGUGGAAUUAACACCAGUGUGCGUCAUGGUGGGAUAUAUGUGAAGUCAAUCAUUCCCAGGGGACCAGCAGAUAAGGACGGACAAAUAAAGAUAGGUGAUCGUCUGCUGGAAGUAGAUGGCAUCAGCCUCUGUGGCAUCACCCACAAACAGGCUGUGGAACACCUUAAGAAAUCUGGCCAGAUUGCCAAACUGGUCCUAGAAAGAGGAAACUACCAACUGGCAGAGCCAUGUCCGAGUGCUAAUGACAGAAAGGAGGACCAAUGUGCAGUUGUUUCUGUGGCAACAUCCCCCACAGAUGGUACCAAGGACUGCUGCUUUUUGACAGAUGAUAACACAUUUGAAGUGAAAUUAACCAAGAAUUCGGGAGGCCUUGGAUUUAGUGUUCUGCAGAUGGAAGGAGAUGCUUGCAAACACCUCGGAGGAGCUAUCGUCAGGAUCAAAAGGCUCUUUCCAGGGCAGCCAGCUGAAGAGAAUGGAGAAAUUGAAGUUGGAGACGUCAUUUUAGCUGUGAAUGGGAAACCUCUGAAAGGGCUCCUGUACCAGGAUGUCCUGCAUUUGUUAAGAGGAGCUCCUCGAGAAGUUACACUGCUACUUUGCAGACCACCAAAAGGUGUUCUUCCAGAAAUAGAGCAGAUUGCUCUGACUCCAGCACCAUCUCCAAUUAAGGAUUUUGUGGCAGAAAUGCCAGGCAGCACAGAGGCAGGAAACAGUAUGGAUCAGUCCACUAGUGAUGGAGGUAGCACCUCUCCAGACCUCGAAGACUGCCUCGAUUCUCCAGUGGGAGAAGAUUUCAGUGAGCCUCCUGAGGAUGACAGCUCAGCUUAUGAAGAGCAGGAAGCUGAGUUUCAAGAGAAGCCCAUACAGAAACUCCCAACUUCCAGAGAGAGUUUCUAUAAGCAUCUUUGGAAGAUUCAUCAAGAAGCUCCCAGUUCUAAAGUCUUCCACUCUCUAGAGGAGGAAGUGAAGCAGAACUGCUACUCACCAUGUGAAUUUGGACAGGCCAAAAGCCGCGUAUUUAAUAAGAGUCGUGAUGCCCUAUUGAACACAAAUUGUAUGCCUGAAACUCUCUCUCUAACCCCUAUUGAUGAAGAGUAUCUCACUGUCAGCUCAAUGCCUGUGACCUCACUUCCACGAGGAGGAAGCUUCGAGGCAGUCUCUGCAACCAAUGCAACCCCACAGCCACACGUCUGUGGUCCAUCAUCAUCAUCAUCAUCCCUGCCUGCUAGAGAGACACAUGACAGUGACAACGAAUGGGAAGACCUGGAGGAACCAGAGGAAGAGAGGGAAGAAAAUGAAGACUGCACUCAGGAAAUGGAGAUCUUUGUGACUUUGACAAAGUCAGAGAACAGUGGUUAUGGAUUCUCUGUAGUUCUUAACAAAAUUGACACCUGCCUGUACGUGGAUGAAAUCUUGAAUGAUCCUGCCCUUUCUGAUGGAAGAUUGAGAAGGGGAGACAGAAUCAUUAUGGUGAACGGAAUUGAUGUCACAUCUCUACCAUGCAAUGAAGUCCUGACUUUACUGCAAAGCUCUCCUCCAGAUCUGCACCUUGUGGUUGGCCGUGCUGACAGUGAGCCACGUCCCUCAAUUAGGCCAGAUGAGAUUCCUGACAUUACUCUCACAAAGGGUGCCGAUGGACAGCUAGGCUUGAAGCUGACAGGAGGAGCUGGAAGCAACUUACAAGGUAUUUAUGUGCUAGAGAUAGUGCCUGGCUCUCCUGCCAGUGUGGAAGGCAGUUUGCAGCCACAAGAUCAGAUUGUUUACAUCUGUGGACUGUGCACUGAGGGCAUUAGCCUGGAUGAUGCAGUGAGAGUGUGUGAAGCUGCCACCCAGAAUGUUCAAAUCAAAGCUACAAGAAAUGGCAACCCAGUGAUUCCUAUAGAGCAGGAAAAUAGGCCACCGGCAGAAACAGAAAAAGCCAAUAUUUCUUUGUCAAAUGAAAACCUGAACUCCCAGGAACAGCAUCUGCUGCAUCAACAUGAGAAACAUUUGGAGGAAACAAGCUGUGAUGCUCAGCAGAACACUCCCGAUUCUCCAGAAUGUAAAGACUUCAUUAUUAAGAUUGAGCUGGAAAAAGCAGAAAAUGGAAGCCUAGGAUUUGCGCUGGUAGGUGGAAAAAAUGGCAGGGCUAUCCUAAUAAAAGCCAUCAGCCCGGACAGCAGUGCAGAUCUAGACGGGAGGCUUCAAGUUGGUGACAUCUUACUUAAGGUGAAUGAGACGUUUGUGUCUGGUUUGCCACGCCAAACAGUUACGGAUUUGCUGCGCAAGGCCCAAGGCACUGUUCAGCUCACUGUCUGCCGAAGCGUGGCUUUGCACUGGGCUUAUUCAGCCAACCAGAGCAACACAAAAGCAGAGCCUGCAAGUGGUGGGGAAAGCCUGCAAGCUCAGCCUGUUUCCAGUUUCAAGGAAGAAGGCUCCAACCAAAUGUGUAACAAGGAUGCAGAAAGGACAGUCAAACCUCCUCUGCAAGGUCAGCUGGCUGGGCAAGACUAUCAAGAUAUCAUUAGUAAUAGUUCAGACAGGUCACAGAAAUGUGCAGAAUGUGAAAGCUGCAGAAGAGAAAAUCAACAGUCUGAGCCAGGCUGCUGGAACAAAGAUGAUGAUGCUAUGCCCCACAGGAUUCCUGUUCUACCUAGAAACAGAACCUUUGCUUCUGGAGAUGAACUGACUCAGUUAAUUAACUUGAAACCAUCACAGAGUGGAGUAGAUCCAAGGACUGGCAUAACAGGUCUUAUUCAAGGCCUUCAGCUGCGGAUUGAGAAUCAAGAGGUGCUAAAGGAGUUUAUGGCUUUAGAACAUGUGAAACCAAUAGAUGACUGCAGAACUGGCAAAGCACCAGAAAACCAGGACAAAAACAGAUACCAAGAUAUCCUUCCAUAUGAUAAGACACGAGUUCCUCUGGGAGAAAAGAAUGGCUACAUUAAUGCAAGUUACAUUAGAAUGAAUGUUGGAGAAGAGGAACACUUUUAUAUCAUAACCCAAGGGCCUCUGCCAUCCACUAUGGCCGAUUUCUGGCAAAUGGUCUGGGAGAGUGAAUCAGAUGUGAUUGCCAUGAUGACAAAAGAAGUGGAGCUAGGGCAAGUCAAAUGUCAUCGAUACUGGCCUGAAUCUCCCUAUAGCUCCAAAGACCUGGCUGAUUUCUAUCUCAGGCUGCACAAUUACCAGAUUCUGGAAUACUUCAUAAUUAGAAAAAUAGAAAUUAUCAACAAGCAGACAGAAGAAAAGCGCAUUAUAAGUCAUUUGCAAUUUACCACUUGGCCAGGCCACAAUACUUCCAAACUGGCUGAGCAGCUCGUAAAAUUUAUUUGUCACAUGAGAAAAGCUCACAGGACAGGACCUAUUAUUGCUCACUGCAGCACUGGCAUUGGAAGAAGUGGAGUUUUGCUAUGUGUGGAAAUUCUUCUCAGCCAUAUAGAGAAAGAUUUAUGUUUCAACAUCAAGCAGAUCGUGAGAGAUUUGCGAGACCAGCGUUUUGGCAUGAUCCAAACUAAGGAUGAAUAUUUAUUCUGCUAUGAAGUUGUGCUGGAAGUCCUUCAGAUCCUCCGAGCAAUGGAUUCCUACUGAAUAUGAUUUCUGCAAUAUGACUCUUCCUGUUGCUAUUCCACUUGGAGUCCAGGGACUGCUCAGCAACAACUUUAAAGUGUCAAGCCAGCACAGACAAGUGUUCUAUUAUGAGCUUUUUUAGAUAACCUGAUUUCAAAGUAAUUUCAAAGCCUGGUUAACAUGUCCUGUGUAAAUCACUUAUUUCUUGGCUCAAAGUAUGAAGAAACAGCCACCCAGCACUGCAACACUGCUGUGUUAAAUUGCUAUGGACACUUUUUCCAUUCUGUGUAAUAGCAUAUUAAUUGUUAAGAAUAUAUGUUGGGACUGUAGCAAGGCCUUUGGAUUUAGCUUUCUAUCCAGAGGGCAGCUAUAAAGAUCUAAGAUUCUGUUGGUGUUGAUGUUGGUGGAAGGUUAGAUGUCCCUCAGUUGUUGUGCACUAUUGGCUUCUGGACUGCAAAUCAAGUGUUUACUCCAGCAGUUAUGCUUUUGCAUGGGAGGGCUCCAUUUGGUGACCUUUGGCUGCUUGAACAAUGCAGAACCAUUUCCAGUCAUUACUCCAGCCCAUGAGUUUAUACCACUAUCACUAGAAAACUUAAACCAAUAAAAAAUGGCAGAAAAAAUAGGAUGCCUUUAAACCCUGCUUCUCUUCAAAGGAAGAGCAUUCUAGUAAUUGGAUGGAAUAUUAAUUUUAUAUUAAAUUAUUAAUUUAAUUAAUUUUUAAAUUAAAUUUGUCAAUUUGCUAAUCAUAGCAAUAUGAACAGAUGUAGAUAGCAUCAGUAUUCUCAUUCUACAUCCAUAGAAAAAUGAAUGUAAUACUAAGCCAGGUGAAACAACUGUGUGUGCAUUGUGGUACACACAUACAUUUCAUCUUUCCCUAAUCCUUUACAUUAUAUAUCUUCUCAUUCUUACCUAGGAUCUGAAAUAUGGGAUGUCCUGCUGGUUUCAGUAGGGCCUGAAUCAGCCCCCAAAUUAAAGAACUCUCUGUACAUUUUAUUUUUCUUGUAAAAAGUGUUUCUCUUUGCAUGAGUGGAUUUGAGCAUAAAUAUGCUGUUCAAGGUGUAAAAAUGUAUUUGUCUCCAUAGUAGUACUUCUAAGUCCUUACCUAGAAGGUGACAAAUGGAAGGAUUGGAUGUGCAUUAGAAGAGUAACUUGUAAACAUAGGAAACUGAAACAAUCUAACUAAAUUGUACAUGUUUUUAAAACUUAUUUGGUUUCUGCAAAAGAGAAAAUAUUAAGAGGCAUUGAGUAUAAAACUGCAGUUGAAGCAAGAAAAUAAAAUACCUAUUUAUUUUAUUACCUAUUACAAAUUAGAGGUUUAUAAUUCAGAAAGAAUGGGGUAUUAAAUAAUAAUUUAAAGUAUGGCUUUUAGAAAAAGCCUCUGUAAUGCAAUUAUAAUCAAGGCCAUAGCCCAUUUUUACUUUCCGCUCUCCAAUAGUCUGGAGGCAGGAAAAUACAGAAAUGCAAUAAAUUAUGUAAGUCAGAUGCUAAUUUCAAACAUAUUAAUAAAGUUACAGAGCAAUGCUAAAUAAAUCCAGGAGUAACCCUGGAUUUACAUUGAUAUAAACAUUUACAGAAUUCAAUGUUUUGUCUUAAAUUCAUUGUAUUUGGUCCUUCCUUGACGCAUUAGUCUCCAUAUAUUCUGCAUUUAUUAUCUUUACAUUGCAUACAAAGGAUUGUUCGCACAAUUUUGUCAAAUAUCACCAGCCAAUUUUCUCCAUAACUUUGUUACCUUCAUUUGGUAUUUGGCCUUUCACUUGGACUUUAAUUAAUGCACAUGUACUAUUAGGCAAUCAAUGCAUUACACUGUAAUGAAUGCACAGUCAUCUUUUGUACUACAAUAAUUUAAUAAGCUUCUUUGUGACAAUAUUCCUGUAUCUUAUGCAAAGGUGGUUUUUUCUGUGGCUUAGAACAAGUAUUCUGGGCUUAGAAGAAAAUCAUAGGUCAUUAUUUGUACAUCAUCUGUGCAGCUGUUUGACAGAUGUAUUUGCUGUUUGACAUCAAUUUUUCCUGUUUUAUAGAGAUAUUAAAAAGAUUUCUGAAAACAA